AUGGUCACCCGCAAGCCCGCUCCCGACGACACCUCCGUUGACACGAACGCCGCGCCCCGGCUGCAAGACAUGCGAAAGGAGCUCUGGAGCGCUACUACCGACUCGCCUUCGGACGUCGGAAGUGUGUGGGAUGACGCUUCGCAACAGAAGGGCGCUGCGGCACUGAACCAACAACCCGCCCAUCACGACAUCCCGGACUCUUUGAAGCCGGGCGCUGGCGCUGCGAUGAACGGCGCAGAGACGACCAAUGGCGUCUGGGACGAUGUUAACGGCGGCAGACCCCAGACAGCCGACAAGUCGAAGGAUGCUGUUGAUGUUCCCUUGGCGCUUCGUCCCGGUCCCCCGCAAGGUCCGCCAUCACGGUCCGAUACGAACCCGUUCAAGAAGAAGGACGUCCGCGCCGGCUCCGAAGAGACAACACCGCCGAUGCCUCCAGCCCAGCCCUUGUCCCAGGUGAGCACCGGGGAAAUUAGUAAUAACCCGUGGCAGCCAGCGCUCGACCAGCAUGCCCUCCAACGCGAGCAAAAGGCCGUCGCUUCGACCGUGCAACAGCCCCUCAGAGCUCAACCCAGCUCCGACGCCGAGCAAGAUGCGUGGUCCGUAUCUCAGGACUCACGACUCCCGCCGAUAUCUACUUCGCCAGCGCUAAUGUCCCUGCCUUCGGAACCCACAUCGCCGGCCUGGGACGAUCUCCCCGAGAACCAGGCCAAACUGCCAGCGCAACCCCCGCCAGCGCCGAAAGAGGUCCUGAACGAGGUCACCGACGAGCAGCACGCCUGGGAUGACCUUGGUGCGCAGAACAAGGGCAAGGGGAAGGCUGCUGCUCCCGUCGCAGCUGCGGCGAUUGUCGAAGAUGGUCCAAUCGACGACUGGAACCUCGUUGACGCGCCCGCACCGGCGCCGGCUCCUCCUUCGAAACCUGUCGAGGCGGCCACACCUAAACCGCAAUCAAACGAAAAUUUAAUUGACACUGAUGAGCCGGAACCUGCAGAAAAGGCCCCUCCUGCACUACCCCCAAGGAAUGACGAGGAGCACCCACCACGCCAGCCACCUCGCCCAGUCGAUGGCAAAUCUGAAACGUAUCAGAUCAAGAACAUCAACUGGUUCGAUCACAGUGCCGAGAAGAACCCGCGAACGUCUCCAAUCCUGGUCCAGAAUGCCAAUGGCCCUUGUCCGCUCGUAGCUCUGGUGAACGCGCUGACCCUCACCACCCCGGCGUCAGUAUCAGACACCGCGCUUGUGCAGGUACUCCGCUCGCGUGAACAGAUUAGCCUGGGCUACCUGCUUGACGCGGUAUUCGACGAGCUCAUGUCGGAGAGAAGAACCCAUGAAGACACCUCCCUUCCCGAUGUCUCCGAGUUGUACGGCUUUCUCAAGGGGUUGCACACCGGAAUGAAUGUGAAUCCUCGCUUCAUACCCACUCCUGACAUCGUCAAGGCUUUCAAGCGCACUUCUCUUACCCACCUCCACCCAACUGAGCGCGACGACCUGAUCCCUGGCACGUUUGAGGACACCACCGAGAUGGCGCUUUACGCUGCAUUCGCCAUCCCAUUAAUCCACGGCUGGCUACCGCCCAAGUCUGAUCCAGCGUAUGGCGCAUUUGAGCGCCAGGCUGCCUCGUUUGAAGACGUUCAAACGCUGCUAUUCCUUGACGAAGAGCUGCAAGAGAAGCUUGGCUCGUUGACAGAAGAGGAAGAGCAAGUGUACUCGGAUAUACAGUACAUCAAGGCGUUCCUGGAGUCGUCUGCUACCCAGCUUACGCCCUGUGGCUUAGACGUAAUUACAAAGGCCAUGAAGCCUGGAUCUGUGGCCAUUCUGUUCCGAAACGACCACUUUUCCACACUGUAUCGGCACCCUUCGACCCAGCAACUUCUGGUCCUCGUCACAGAUGCGGGCUAUGUCUCGCACGAUGAGAUCGUUUGGGAGUCCCUUGCAGAUGUGAACGGCGAGCGUACCGAAUACUACUCUGGGGAUUUCCGCAUCGUUGGUGGCCAGCAGGCUCAGAGCACCUCUCGUGGACCGCAGACCGGGGGACAACGCAGCCAGGGACGGCCAACCAUCAACACCAACCACAGCAACGCAGGCGAUUGGAAUACGGUCGGCGACCUGCAGAUCGGCUCGAUGCAGUACCUCAUCUCGUGGUACGGCAUGGGCAAGACGUCCGUCGUCAGCAGGCUCAACAUCCCCGGGCGCGUCGCGUGGUUCCUGAUGGAGGCGCCGGGGUUCACGACGUUGCUGUACAUCAUGUUCACGCUGCCGGGGAAGAUGGGCGUUGAGGAUUUGCCGUGGCAGAACAAGGUCCUCGCUGGGCUGUUUGUGAUACACUACUGCUACCGCGCCGUGCUCUACCCCCUCAUCCAACCCUCCAUGUCGCCCAUCCACCCGGCCGUCGCCUUCUCCGCGCUGGGCUUCCAGCUGUGCAACGCGACCUGCAUCGGCGGCUGGCUCGCCGCCUACGGGCCCACGACGCCCGCGGCGUGGGACCGGCAGCUCGGCGCGUUCGGGGUCGCGCAGUUCGUGGCCGGGAUCGGGCUGUUCUACGUCGGGCUCGUGGGGAACUACUUCCACGACGAGGAGCUGCGGGAGAUCCGCCGCGCGGAGAUGCGGCGGCAGGAGCGCAUCGUCAAGGAGCAGAAGGCGAAGGGGGUGGAGGGGAAGGUGAGCGUGGACAAGCACUACCGGCUGCCGGACGCGCUGCUGUUCCGGUACGUGCUGUUCCCGCAUUACUUCCUCGAGUGGGUGGAGUGGUUUGGGUGGUGGAUGGCGAGCGGGUGGGGGAUGCCCGGGCGGGCGUUUUUUGUGAACGAGGUGACGGCGAUGUUGCCGCGGGCGAGGAGCGGGAGGGGCUGGUAUGUGGAGAGGUUUGGGGAGGAGAAGGUCGGGAAGAGGUGGGUUAUUGUGCCUGGUGUUUAUUGA